CAGUGGGAGAAGAUGGAGCGAGAUGGUUUUUGUCCGACAUUCUGAACAUUUUCUCAUACAUGAAACAUUUGAUCUCCAUUCAGUUUUCUGUUUCCAAAACUAGAAUCUGUAACAAACAGAGGGGACUGCGUUUUGUAGACUUUAGGCUUUUCCAAAGUAAAAAAACGUUGUUUAGAUGGAGUGCGAGGACGAGUUGUGUUAUUGCAUUCGCGCACUUCACAGAGUAGGCGUUCCCUAACGGAAAUAUGCAAAUUAUGCUAGAACGCGCCAAUAGGAGCUCGCUAUCUCGUGCUUGGCUCUGCCCAUCUCCUUGCUCGUUCUGGUCAGGAUGAUUAAUUCGCUCCCAUUGGAAACGACAGGCUCUGAUCUUUCUUGGGUUACUUAUAACAAAUCUUUGGUGCCACUGGCACAUGAUUCCUCUGUUUACAGCACAGCCAUCCGGUAAAAACAUGGAGGACGCCACCAGCAGUAAUCCUCAAUCUAUUGGAUUUACAGAGAAAUUAAAAUCGUGGCUGUCCUGGUCAUGGACAUACAUAUGUGCAGUUUGGUUUGCCAUGGUUUUAACUAUGAUCUAUGUUCUGCGAAGCCCCUUGAAAUUGCAGGACACUCUUACCUCAGCAUCUGUGUUCUUGAAUACACUGACCCCUAAAUUCUAUGUGGCACUCACUGGAACAUCCUCUCUCAUCUCUGGCCUAAUCUUGAUAUUUGAGUGGUGGUACUUCCGUAAGUAUGGGACCUCGUUCAUUGAGCAGGUGUCUGUUAGCCAUCUGCGGCCUCUCCUAGGUGGGGUGGAGAGCAGCACGACCACUGGCCUGUUCUCCUCAGUCAACGGAGAGGCUGAGCCUAGACCCAGUGUCUCAGAGUGUAAAGUUUGGAGGAAUCCUUUAAAUCUAUUCAGAGGAGCAGAAUACAGCAGGUACACAUGGGUGACUGGAAAAGAGCCUUUGACCUACUACGAUAUGAACCUGUCUGCUCAAGACCACCAGACCUUCUUCACUGGCGACACUCAGCAACUCAAGCCUGAAGAUACUGGUUUGAAUCUAAGCUUUUCAACCGUUAUGCAGAAGGCCUGGCGGGAGAGAAAUCCCCAAGCCCGGAUCAGAGCAGCUUACCAGGCCAUAGAGAUGAACCACGAGUGUGCUGCUGCCUAUGUACUCCUGGCUGAGGAGGAAGCCACCACCAUCACAGAGGCAGAGCGGCUGUUCAAACAAGCACUGCGGAGCGCUGGCAAAGACAUCAACUUGCUGGUGUAUAUCAAACGCAGACUGGCCAUGUGUGCACGCAAGCUGGGACGCAUCAAGGAGGCAGUGAAAAUGAUGAGAGAUUUAAUGAAAGAAUUCCCACUGUUGGGAAUGUUGAAUAUACAUGAAAAUCUCCUAGAGGCGUUACUGGAGCUGCAGGCUUACGCUGAUGUACAAGCAGUCCUUGCCAAAUAUGACGAUAUCAGCUUGCCAAAGUCAGCUACUAUAUGCUACACGUCUGCACUGCUGAAAGCACGGGCUGUAUCAGAGAAGUUUUCUCCUGAGGCAGCGUCCCGGCGGGGCCUGAGCACUGCAGAGAUGAACGCUGUGGAGGCUAUACACAGAGCUGUGGAGUUCAACCCACAUGUGCCAAAGUAUUUAUUAGAGAUGAAGAGUCUGAUCCUGCCUCCAGAACACAUCCUGAAGAGGGGGGACAGCGAGGCGGUGGCCUACGCCUUCUUUCACCUGCAGCACUGGAAGAGGGCUGAGGGAGCCUUAAACCUGCUGCACUGCACCUGGGAAGGCACUUUUCGGAUAAUUCCCUACCCUCUAGAGAAGGGUCACCUGUUUUACCCCUACCCUGGGUGCACAGAAACAGCAGAUCGGGAACUGCUGCCCUCCUUCCACGAGGUGUCUGUGUACCCAAAGAAAGAGCUUCCCUUCUUCAUCCUCUUCACAGCGGGCCUUUGUUCGUUCACUGCCAUGCUGGCCAUGCUCACACACCAGUUUCCUGAGCUCAUGGGCGUCUUUGCCAAAGCAUUCUUCAGCACCCUCUUCGCACCCCUGGGUUUCUUUGCUGACAAGAUGGAGAGCUUCAUGCCGUCCAGUUUUUGGCAUCAGCUGACUCGAAUCUGACCCCAUCACACACACACACACACGCGCACACGCACACACCACACACACACACACACACACACACACACACACACACACACACACACACACACCACAUACACAAACACACUCCUCAGACACCAACACUCCAAAACUAUAGACAGAAAUGUUUGCUCUCCUGUCUUCAGCAUUUGCACACACUUUGGUAAUGAUUCUGUUGGCCAAGUCUUGUAUCAUGAGACAGAUUUCUUUAAAGUAAACGUUUACCAGAUAUUCACACAGUCAUUCAUUUUUUAUUAUUAUUAUAAGUUACGUUGAGUAACACAGAAUGGUACAUUGAGAGUAUUUCAACCCACAGUUUACUCCCAAGUCUGACCUCGAAAUUGGGCCAUUCUCUCAUAGAUGAAGUGCUGAAACAGUAAAUGAAUGAUUCUAAAUGAGCACACAAUUCUUUUUUUUUUUUGGUGGUGGUGUGCAGUGAUGGUUCACGUUUCAUCAUUCUGAAAGCUAACACUACAGUUGCUACUCUGUUCUAUUUGCUGUUGAUAAUAUCUGGCCAAAUGUAUUGCCUGUGUUAGCUGGUGCAACAGGAGCGAGAUAGAGGUAAAGAAGAGGAUAAACGGUACCAGAAGGCCUGUUUUCCAGGAUCACAGUUAUGUACAGACACAUUCCUGUUCACUAGAACAAAGUAUGUGUGUCAAAAGAGUACAUGACAGUUCAGAUAGGUAAAAAAAAAGCAUAACCUUUAUGGUACAUAGUCUUCCUAUGGGGCGGAGUUUGUGAGACCAUGGGCAGUCAUGGCAUCAUUCACAGCCAAUUACAUACUUGAAAGCUGCAUUUCUAGUGUCUCUUCUAUGAGUUGGAGGCAACUCGUAUUGCUCAGGUGUUAUGGGCAGUGUUUAACUUGGGCAGGAGCUCACCGGAGCUGAGUACCGGCACCGGCAUGUUCUACUGCUUGAGCUCCUGUUCCUCUUAUAAAAUAUUAGCUCAAAAGUAUUGUGGAGCUCCUGCACAAAAAUAUAUACAGUACCGGCACCCAAAAUGAGUACCGGCACCUAUUUCACUCCAAGUCAAGCACUUGUUAUGAGGCAAUAGCAAUCACAACAGGACACUAUUUGUUUGAAGUACUGUAUGAUCUCACUUUAUCCUCAUCAGCAAAUACUCUGAACCAUAAUCUAAGACUAGUCAAUAGCCAAUAUUCUGUGGCAGGACUUGAGUAGCAUGAAGUGCCUCACUGGCUCAACAGACAGAUUGGAAAUAAUCGGCUUGAUGAAAUUGAAAGACAUUGCCCUUCGGUACUGCCAGAUAUUUAUUGUAUUGAUGAACCGACGUUGCGGGCAUACAGUGCCUUAUUCACCGUAGAAGACCAGUGGUUUCAGAACAUGCUCAUUCAUUUGCUAAUUCCUUCAACUGUAUUAUAUGUUGGAGUAUACAUGAACCCAAUUAUGAGUCAAGACAGCAGUGAGAGCUGACCGUUUAUUGGUUGCCGGUGGUGCGUUUGCAUCAUGGUCAAUUCUCACACAUUGCUUGAACAGCACUAAUAAUUGGUUUGCUUUCAUUCAACUUAUGUGUCAAAGCCAUCAACAUUCCUAUCUGGCUAUACUGUGCACUAUCUGGGUGUACUUACUGUACACUAUUGUAAUUCCAUACUCUUGGGUUAUGUUUGAGUAACAUGAUGAAAUGCUGAAGACAGAAGUCCUAAUGUUUGACCUAACUACCAUAUGAUGAGUCGGAUAGCUCACAAUAAAUUGGUUAUUGAAUGUCAUUUUAAUGUGUUUGUGUUUUGAAUUUUUGUUGUACAUUGUGAACAAAUAAAAUAAAUAAGAAAACGA